AUGUGCAGCACAAGGCCUUGUUUUCGGCCUCACUGUUUGCUUCUAUACUUGCUGACUUGGGAUGAUGUCCUCGCUGCUGCAUUGAACAAAGCCGGGCUAUGGUCACACUUCUUCGAAGGCCCCACGUACCCUGGGAGAGAGCCAGCUACCAUGGCUAAUAUAUCAGACACUGGUGCACAUCCGAUUCUUGACCAGAAGGUCUCACUAUUUCAAGAGCUCUCUGUAGGACAGAGCCAACUGCUCGCACUCUGUCGAGCGCUCGUCAAAGCCAACGCAUUACAACGUUCCGGAGUGAAGGCUGUAGUCCUCUUGGACGAAGUGACAUCCUCCCUCGACGAAGUCACGGAGUCCACGGUUCAUCGUAUCAUUGACGAUGAGUUCACUGGAAAGGCCCGCACUGCCAUCAUUGUGGCUCAUAGACUCGGCACUUUGGAGAAGCACAUGAAAGCUGGAAGGGAUGCUGUGGCAUUGAUGGCAGAUGGCCAAUUAGAGGAAGCCAUUGACUAUUUCGGGCCGGCGACCUUCCAGCGCUUCAGGCAGAUAGGAUCGUGCUUCACUGGUGCUCUCUAG